GGGCACCGCCGCCCCCGCCCUUCUCCCCCCGCGCCCGUGACGGGCUGCGAGCAGGCGGGAGCGGCGUUACCGCCCAGCCCGGCUCCAAGGGAGCAUCGCUCCGUCCCUGCCGCCGCCCAGCACCGUCCUGGAUCGGGGCCCGGGGCCAGCUGAGCACGCAGGUCUCUGGACAAAAUGGGGAAUAGAUUAGUGAAACCCAAGCAUCUGAGGCAGACAGACAGACACGUAGCAAACCUCGCUAUUGGCUGUGCUGCCAACCAUAAGUUUUUGAUGGACCCAUGCCUAGGCAUCAGUGUGAUCAAUGGGCAAGCUGAUGUUCUUUGCAGCAAGAUACUUGAACUGGAAAAGGAGCUGAAGAGAAAAGACCAAGAGCUGCAAGACAGUCAAAGUCAUGUUGCUGAGCUUCAGGAACAGUUGGCUAUGCAGACUAAGGUCAUAGCAGAACUCACCAAGGAACUUCAGAGCAAGUGUACACAGCUGAACAAGCUCCAGGAUGUUGUUAGCACUCAAGGAGAGCACUCUCUUCAGCCUUCUCCAUUGAAAGUUUCUGCCAGUAGGAGGAGAGGAGCCAAGGAAGGUGUGUCUGCAGAGCCGACAACGCGACUGUAUGAUUUGAGCAGGAAAGCCAUGUUUUCCCUUGAAAGAGCAACGGUCCGAAAGGAUUCCAGUGAGAAGAAGCUUAUCACGGAUGCCCUGAAUAGAAAUCAGUUCUUGAAGAGACUGGAGCCUCACCAGACACGAGAUAUGGUGGAAUGUAUGUAUGAAAGGACUUUUCAGCAAGGCAGCUACAUCAUCAGACAGGGAGAACCGGGCAAUCACAUUUUUGUGCUCAAAGAGGGCAGUCUGGAAGUCUUUCAGCAGAAUAAACUACUAUCCUCAAUACCUGUGUGGACAGCAUUUGGUGAACUAGCCAUUUUAUACAACUGCACACGGACAGCUUCUGUGAAAGCAAUCACUAAUGUUAAAACAUGGGCAUUGGACAGAGAAGUGUUUCAAAAUAUCAUGAGAGUGACAGCACAAACAAGACAAGAGCAAUACCGAAACUUCCUUAGAAGUGUGUCCCUGCUGAAAAACUUACCUGAAGAUAAAUUAACCAAGAUCAUCGACUGCCUGGAGGUGGAGUACUAUAACAAGGGAGAUUAUGUUAUUCGGGAAGGAGAAGAGGGAAAUACCUUCUUCAUAAUAGCAAAAGGAAAGGUGAUAGUUACCCAAAGUACAGCAGAUCACUCACAGCCUCAGCUGAUUAAAAAUCUACAUAAAGGGGAUUACUUUGGAGAAAAGGCUCUUAUUAGUGACGACGUCAGAUCAGCAAACGUCAUUGCAGAUGAAUACAACGUGGAGUGCCUCGUUAUAGACAGAGAGACCUUUAAUCAAACAGUUGGAACUUAUGAGGAGCUCCAAACUUACCUUGAAGGUUAUGUGGCUGAUCUGGCCCAGGCCGAUGAAAAGCGACAUGCGAAAGGAAGAUCCUUCUGUGGACAGCUGACCAAAGAGGUGUCUUUGGAGAUGAUAGAGCUGAAGGAGAAAGUAGCCCAGUUCCCUCCUUCCCCAUUCAAGAAUUUAGAAGUUGUCACAACUCUGGGUGUUGGUGGGUUCGGAAGGGUUGAGCUUGUUAAAGUGAAAAAUGAGAACAUGGCUUUUGCUAUGAAGUGUAUAAAGAAGAAACACGUAGUGGACACCAAACAACAAGAGCAUAUCUAUUCUGAAAAGAAAAUCCUUGAGCAGAUAUGUUCUCCUUUCAUUGUAAAACUAUAUCGCACAUUCAAAGAUAAUAAGUAUGUAUACAUGCUUCUGGAGGCUUGCCUUGGAGGGGAGUUGUGGAGCUUGCUGAGAGACAGAGGCAGCUUUGAUGAAUUCACCACCAAGUUCUGUGUUGGGUGUGUGACAGAGGCUUUUGACUAUCUACAUCACAUAGGAAUAAUCUACAGAGACCUGAAGCCAGAAAACUUAAUUUUGGAUGCUGAAGGAUAUAUAAAACUGGUUGAUUUUGGAUUUGCAAAGAAGAUUGGAUCAGGGCAGAAAACCUGGACAUUUUGUGGAACCCCUGAGUAUGUUGCUCCUGAAGUCAUACUGAGUAAAGGCCAUGACUUCAGUGUGGAUUUUUGGUCCCUUGGGAUUCUUGUGUAUGAACUCCUUACUGGCAGUCCACCGUUCUCUGGGGCUGAUCAAAUGAUGACGUAUAAUUUGAUUCUCAAAGGCAUUGAAAAGCUGGAUUUUCCUAAAACAAUAACAAGGCGGCCUGAGGAUUUGAUCCGCAGACUCUGCAGGCAAAACCCUACAGAAAGAUUAGGCAAUUUGAGAAACGGAAUUAAUGACAUCAAGAAGCACAGGUGGUUGAGUGGUUUUAACUGGGAUAGUCUGAAAGUGAGGAAAUUAACGUCACCUUUAAAAAGAGAGUUGUCUGGACCGACUGAUUACAGCUACUUUGACAGCUAUCCCCCUGAAGAGGGAACCCCUCCAGAUGAACUUUCAGGCUGGGACAAGGAUUUCUGAUAGUUGUUUCUUCUGGGACAUGUGUAGACACUCAUAGGCUUCAGUUCUAAACCUGCUGUCUUGUUUCUUGCUACAAACUACACAGUUCUCCUUGAAGAAUAGAAGACCAUACAGCAACCGGAGUUUGUUUGGACAAUGCACCAAAAUCUGUGUCCAUUUCUUUAUAACAAGGGCAUGCAUUCAGUCAACAGAUGUAGCCUGAAUGUGUUUUGAUACACAGUGUCUCUACGAAUAUUUUCAGACACUAUGGGUCGGAUUUAUGGUUUUGCCAUUAGAAAUGUCAGUAGCUAAUACUUUGAUGUUAACAAGGUUACCAUUUUGGAUGGAGAGGAUUGGAAGCCAAUAACUCUGUGGCAUUUGUCAGCUGACAACUAUAGGCACUUAUUUUUCAUUUUAUCUGAUGUCUGCUGUGUUUCACUUUUUCCCCUUAAUGUCCAGUAUUGCAUUAAUGCAGGGAUGUGUAUAAAAGAGACUUUUACUGAAAGGUUGAUUUGAUCUGAUGCUGCAGCUAAAAGGGUAUCACUGUGGAAGCUGCCUCUCUGUCAGUUGAGUUUUACAACAGGCUGAAUAUAUGACAAAGGUCAAAUGAAAAUCCAGUAUGAAACAAGGUAUAUACAUAAUAGAAGUUACCUAAAGAAGCAGACUAUGGUGUGUAUUUCCCUUACUGCUUCAAAGAGCCAUGUCUAUUUCUUAAAAUGUUUUGCUUUUAUGUAGUGAGAAGAUAAAAUAGAUGGACAAAAAGCAUUUACCUUGCAGGGAAAAAAAAUGCAGUUGGAUGUUGUGCCUUCAUGGUUUAUACAGAAAAAUUCUGUUGCUCUCUGUUAAGAACUACAACCACUGUUGAAACAGGGAUGUUCCUGGUUGUCCUGCUGGGCUUAUGGGAUUGAUGAGUCUGCUACGCUUGCUAGGAUUUGUUUCAGCUCCCACAGAGACGAAGUCCAAUCUAAAUUUCAGUACUGAAGCUCCCACAGCUCACUGCAUUUCGCAUGCUGGGUGGAAAACCUCCCAGGAAACUUGUACUAUGUGCUCAGGGUUUAGUUACUGCUGGAUAGUCUUCCUAGCUGCUGCUGGUCAUGACUUUUCCACCGGGUGAGGGAGGGACUGCCACAGGGGCAGUUCCAUGGUUUGUUACAUGGUUAUAAUUAUCUUUUACCGCUGAGUGGCCAUUGCUUUGACAGCAAAUCAAUUUAAAUAUUUUGUAUAACCUUCACUCUGAAUAAGGCAGUAGAACAUUUUCCAUUGAAUUUAAUGAAGGUUGGAUUGAGCCCUUGAAAGAAGACACUACAUGUUGGCUAGUUUUGUCUCCCCGCUUGUUUGCAAAUUAUUAUGGAAACUUUCAGCCAACAAAGCCUUUGCAAAAUGGUGGUAAGCACACACAGUCAGAGAGGAUGGAGCAGAGUCUGUAAGCUGGGGUUGUAGAUGCUUUCCACUAACUCUGUUUAGCAAUACCAAAGACCAGAUUUUCUUUUCAGGAUUUAGACAAGCACUGAAAGUUAGUUAUUCAUGUUUCUCUGCGCAUUUUUCUUUCUCUCAUAAGUAUUUUUUAUUGCAGUCAAAAUAAUAUUGCACCAAGUUUUAUAAAAUCUUUUGAAUGUAUUUUUCCAUUGUACUUACAAGUAGUUUCCUUAUAUAUAUAUAUAUAUAUAAAUAAUAAUGGUGUGUGUAUAUAUAUAUAUGUUUUUUAAGUGAAGAAAUAGCUGUAUGAUAAGUUUAGUGCAGAUAGCAUUAAGUCUUUGCAGCUGUAGGAUAUAUUUUCAUUAUAAAGUUUAACUUAUCUUGUCUAUUUGUGUGCAAAUAAAGUAAGAUUACAGUGUAAUGGGCAGGACAUUAAUAUUUUAGAAGCACAUUCCAUACAGCAGUCCAGAUUCAUAGGUCUGAUUUAUACUUCUUGUCUAUGUGAUUCAGAAGAGACUGAGGCAGAAAAGACUGCCCUGGAGGGGCAUCAGAUGUCAUUGCUUGCAGCCUGUCCCUCACUCAGAUUAUGUUUUCCCUAGUGAGUGCUGGGAAAAUGAAUGCAUAAGAAGCUACAAUAAAUGAAGUCACAGAUAAUUUCGUGCUUAUGUAGAGUACCCAUGUACAUUUGAUUCAUUUUGUUUCUAGCACAUAUGCAGUUGACUGAGCUGAAGUUUUCCAGAAACAAGCAGCAGCUGAUACAGUAGAGGCUAAACAUUACUUGAACUAACGCCAAAUGUCUUUGACAGACAGAUGUACUUCAGACUUCAACAUGGCACCAGUGGAGUUAUGCUGAUGUGAAACAAGCGGAUAAAUGGGUGAUUCAGGCUCAAGCAGCUUCACAGUGCAGGAGAUCAUGGGGAAACUGAAUGGACAGUCAUGAUGAUGAUUAGAUUGUGCUUAUUGUUGCCUUUUCUGAUUUAAUGUCAUUGAAUAACAGAUUUUGACAUUCAGGUUUUGAUUAUGCUGUGGAUAUGUUAAUAACUGUCUGAGUUCUGUCCUUGGUGUUCUUAUCUGUGCUUUGCCUUCCUGUCUUGUCAGCUUUGCUUUUAUUGUGUGGCUCCCUGAGAAACCCAGCUGUAGCUAUCCUUUUUAACCUAUACUUCUGCCACAAAAGAACAUGCCUCAGGAGGCAGGAAGGAUGAUGUUUCUUCCUGACAGAGAGCAGAGAUGAGGAGCAGUUAGCCUGGGCUGGGUAGAUCAAAGUGCCUUCCCCCAGCUACCACAUCAGAGUGGUGAACACUUGAGAGAGACUUGUAGGCAGGAGCAGAAGCACAGUGAGAGAGAAAAGUCCCAGGCAUGUGAUAAUUCUAGCCAGUUUUUAGUGCAAAUGAUUAAUUUUCACCAUGUCCUCACAGCUGCCUCUUCAGGCUUUGAAAAGGGUGAGGUUGGCCAGCCCAGUGCCUGAAUGCAUCACCUCUUAGUAGAAAGGGGAAGAAGUAACCUCAGUGCCACAAAUGUUUGCACUUGAUCAUAGAAGGGACUGUGGAGAAGAUGUCAGAGAGUGUAAGCCUGUAAGAUUUUUGCAUUUAAUGAGAAGAAAUAGCUGUCCUGAUAUUUAGGGAGUCUCCGUGAUUUUAGGCAGGACUUAACAGGUCUUACUUGCAAUGAAAAGCAUCGGAGAUCCCUUUCUCUUCCCACUACUUGAAGCUACCUCUGAACGCACACAGCUUUCCCCUGCUGUGGUCCCCAGGGACCUUGUGAUGUAAUGGCAAGAAUAAUUUUUUAUCUUUAUUUGACAAAGUCCUGGGAGAUUUAAGUCCCCUGAUGAUUUUAAAGCCCCUCCAGCAAGCUGUGUGUAGCUUUGGGGUUUGACGCCUUUGACAGUUUCACAAUUUGGCUUCCUCAAGAUUGCAUAGAAAGUGUGGGAAACAAGCGACCAUUAAAGUCAGCUUUCCCAACUGUAGCGUAGCACAUUGUCCUAAAUUCAUCCUCCCCUCCCACUGUUUGCAAGGCAGCACUAGACUGAUGCUCUUUAUCUCUUAAGUUUCUUGUGCCUGAAUGUUGUAGCAGCAGUAAAAUCGGUAAUUCCUCCCAAAAGUGGAAAGCAAGGAGGAGGUUCUGCAGAGAGCAGAUGUGAAAUUAAAUGCAUCCAUAAUCAUGCAGAGCUGCAACCUGUCUUCCUCAAACCUUUAUGUUCCUAUGGCUUUGGGAACCUGGGACACCUCCAGGCGUGAGACCCAGCACAGAUUUAUUCAGUAGGCUGGACCAGCAGGGAAUGAUUGAGCAGUCAGAAGCAUCUUUUCCCCUUGUGAGUCAGUCUCUGCUCUUGUCACUGUCUUGUAAUCAAAGGCAAUUGUGUGCAACACGAUACCAGACAGGGAGUUACAAGUUCAAAGCAAACAGAGUUGAACAACAGGCACAGAAAAGGCAGGUAAUUAUUUUCUCACAAAUCCAUGAUCUGUUGUUUGCUACAAAAAUAUUGCUCAGUGGUCUGUCUUGGGGACAGCGUUACAUCAGUGGUCAGGUGCAUCCUUUGGCAGAACUCCCAAAUGUGAGCUCUUUGCGACUCCUAAUAUUCUGCGGCUCAUCACUGGUUGAGAGGACUUGGGAAAAAGUACUGAAAUAAGGUAAGCUCCUCAUCCACAGAAAUCAGAGGCACACUGUGGCUGACCCCCACCAGCCAGCAUUUCAUUGAUGUGUGGCAGAUGAGAAGUGGCCCUUCUCUUUUUUAGCUCAUCUGACAUGCUUGCAGAGCCAAAAUCUGUUGCACGUACCAAGCUGCAGACCAGCAAUGGCAAAAGACAGAAUUAACAUUCCAAUUAAAUUAUGGUGCUAAUAGCAGGAGACACAGCUGCUGAACAGUCUAGCUAGUCACUGGGGACAUCCCCGGGUAGAUUGUUUUCCAUGCUGCCUUACUAAGCCAGAAACAUUUCAGAAAAAGAAAGCUGAAACCCACCCUAAUGGGACUCCAAAGAGCACCCAGACAUGAAGUACAGGUACUGUGGUAGUGCCUGGCUGCCGAGAGCCUGCGGUAGAGAUGUUCCUAAUCAGCUUCCCUGAAGGGGAGGAGGAGCAACAGAAACAUGCCAGGCCUUAUCUUGAACUAUGUCCCUUGUGGUGCCUCAUCCUGCUGGGACCAAAGCAGAGGGGAGCUGUGUUCUGGUUCCUUCAGCUUGUGCAUUGUCUGUCACACCGGGGGAUUGUACUUGGGCACCAGAAGCAAAUAUUUGCCUGGGGUCUGACUACCCUUCUCAGUCUUAUGGGCAGGCUGAUGAUCCCCCAGCCCUCCCAUGGACAGUUAGAAAGCUGCAGGGUACUUUCUCCUCUGCACUGUGUUAGGAAGAUACAGUGUGGUGCUGAUGAAGUGAAGUACCACAAGAAGGUUAAAAAUUCACUGAAUCUCUGAAGCACAGCACAGAACAAGUAAAAGAACUUAGGAAAAAAGAGGGAAUAACCAAGCCUAGACAAACCAAGAGCUGUGACCAGAGAAGUAAAGAGCAGGAGGACACUAUGAAUCAAACCACAAAGCCAAAGAAUAACUCUGCUCAAACUUUGGGCUCACUGACAUUGUAAAAUACCCACAGGCUAAGAUUAACCCGCAGGCUAAGCUUUUCCCUUACUCACAUUAGCCCCUUCCUCACAGAGCAUGCAUAGUAAAGUAAGUGUGUACUGUAUCUUUAAAUGGAGGCAAAUCAAUGAUAAGACAAUUACUAUAGUUUUUUACUAUAGCUUGUUACAUAUACAGGACAUGUUGACUUUUAUUGAUUUGAAGUGUAUAAAAAUGGGCUCUUGGCAUACUGAAGGUGUGCUAGCUUUGUAGAUUUAUCACCUAGCACCCAUCUCUGCACAGACAUGAAAUAAAAUCAAACAUCUUGACUGUGUGUGGAUUGGCUCUUGCACACUGGGUGAAAGAACGCCACUUUAGUGACAUCAGUGCUAUUCUAAGAAAGGAACAUGCUGUAAUUCUAUCAGAAGGCAACCUGGGGAGCUGUUCAGAACCCCUCAAGGGCCCACUUUUCAACUGAGGCCCAGAGGUGUGUACCUCAAAAGCAUCAAGAGUAUUGUAAAGGAUAUUAUUUUAGUGAUAGUGUUACCCACACCUUGAACAAAGAAAUAGGAUAUAUUGGCACAAAACUGAGGUUGUCUUGUCAAGCUGUAUGAAAUCUAUUUUGCAACAAGCACUCUACAAAUUGAAGACUAGAUUUAGUUAGGUUUAUUGUUUGAGCUGGUGUGGGUUUUAACAAUAGGCAUUAUCACACUGAAUUUUAUAAAUUCUAUGGAUUUAUUUGUGCAGCUGUUACAAGACAACUGUUGGAAACUACUGCAUCUGGUUUUGCUUGCAGGGCCUGAUGUCUACUGAAAAUCCAAGCCUGCUUCCAGCUUAGCAGGUGGCAUUUCCCAUGUCUCCUAAUGACACCAGGAGCAACCAAUGGAUUAAAAAGUGAAUCCUAUUGUACAGUCAGCCUGUGCACAUCACUACUUCUGACUGUCCUUAAAGUCAAGACAGGAGUCACAGCAGCUCCACACCAGAGAGACAGGCUCUUUUUCAUUACCAAGACACAGCAGUGAAAAGCUUUUUGUUUUCUGCAGCUAUCUGUCUUUCCAGCCAGGAGAAAAGCACAGCUUUUGUUUUCCAGUUUUUAAGUCUAUCUGAUUUGCAAAUAAAGUGCCUGACUUUUCUCCUGCCCCUUUCCCUUAGAGAAGGCUCGCAGAUUUGGGUCCAGUCUGGCCAAAUAGUAGCUUAAUAACUUAAUGGUUUUCAAGUUCCUCCAGCCUAAAAACUACCAGAAUGCUGCUGUUUGCAUACCAUAGAGGUACAGCACAAAACCCCAAACCAAACCAAAAACAAAACAAACAAACAACCCCCACCACCAUCCAAAAUACCCUACAUUCUUACAAUCUCUUGCCUGAAUGCUUUUAAAGCUCUCAUUACAAAAAACUUUUAAUGUUACUAGAGCUCAAAGAGGCUAGAAUUUGGCCUGUACUGGUAUUCACAGGCUGAUGACUAUCUGGUUUCCCUGCAGAGUAUUUGUUUUCCCCUGUUUGCAUGGGCAUUUCAUAGCACAACAAAGGAAAGAAAGGCAUUUUGAAAAGGAAGAUAAUGUAGUUCCAACAAGAAUUGGCCGAGUGACAGAUGUAAAACCUAAAAUUACUUGAAAUUCAGCCAAUAAAAGAGAGUUUAAAGUGA